AUGGCGGAGCCUGCCUCUGCCCCGUCUCCGGAGGAAGGUGUCAGCACCCAGGCGCCUGAGAAGGGCGCUCCGACGGCCCUGAAACAGAAGAAGCCCAGGCGCCAUCGCCGCCGCAGCCGCCGUCACACCCGCUGCCGCCGCGGCCGCCGCGGCGAGGACAGUUUCGCCACCUAUUUCCCCAGGGUUCUGAAGCUGGUCCACGACGGCCUCAGCCUGUCCCAGCAGGCCGUGAACGUCAUGGACUCGUGCAUUAGCGACCUCUUCGAGCGCCUCGCCGAAGAGGCCGGCCGCCUGGCCCGUUACAACCAGCGCUGCACCCUCACCUCACAGGACAUCCAGGCCGCCGUGCACCUGCUGCUGACCGGGGAGCUCCGCAAGCAUGCCGUGACCGAGGGCACCAGGGCUGUGCUCAGGUUCACCAUGAGCACAUGA